AUGUCGGCCUCAUUAGCACCCGAAUGCAACGAAGUCAAGGAACGCUACGACAACUGCUUCCUCAAGUGGUACAGCGAGAAGUUUCUGCGAGGCACUGCUACAACCGAUGAGUGCAAGCCAAUAUUUGAGCAGUAUGAGAAGUGUCUUUCGAGAGCUUUGAACGAGCGAGGCAUCGAUAAGAUGCUGAAGGAAGUACGCGACGAUAACAAAGAAAACGAUGCUGAGCACAUGAAGCCUGUAACCGAUGAACUGCGAGGCAUAUAA